UACACAUAUCGAACAGUGUGAUUAAAUGCCGAUCUACAUUUAGUACAAAGCGUGUUUGUUGUGAGAUAAGUCAUACAGGCGAAUCGAUAAGGGUUUGUUUGUGCAGACGUGUAUUUCCGAUAUAUCGUGAUCUGCGCAUGUUCAUGCCAUUUUCAAAGAAUGAUGUCGAUUAAGCAAGAACAAGGAGGCGAUAUUCUGACAUUAGACCCGCAAAUAUAUAAGUUUCCUGGACGUUCCAAAAGUUCAGUGUGGAAUCAUUUUGGAUUUCAGAAAGGCAGCGACGGAGAAUUAGAUAAAUCACGAGCCGUAUGUAAAAUAUGUCGCCAGGGGAUUAGAUACUCGGGUAAUACAACGAACCUUCAUUGUCAUUUAACUAAACAUCGUCGUGAAAAUACUGGAUUAUUUGAAGAUUUAGAUGAAAGUUGGAUGCACGCUUCACCGGACUUUAAAUUUAAGUAUGUGGAGGCAGUUGUUCAGUCUACCGUUGAGGAUAUUAAAGCUGCAGGUAAUAUUCAAACUACUUCUAGUACUACCGAUGACAAUAAAUCAGGUCAACGAUCAAAACAUCAACAAUUAAAUGAUACUAUUGUCAACUUUUUCAUUGAACAUUUAUUGCCUCUUUCGGUGGUAGAAAGCACUUCAUUUUAUUCCAUGAUAGCAGUAGCAGAUCCCAUGUAUGUGGUCCCUGACAAGGAAUAUUUAUUUGGCAAUUCAAUUCACCAGUUUUACAAUGAAACGAAGAAAUCGAUCGCCUCAGAAAUAUCAGGGAAUGAAGUGAUUACGGUAGCAGAAGUCUGGGAAUCGAUAACCGGUGAGAAGUUUGUCUCGAUAUCAGUUCAGCUUAUAAACACGCAAUGGCACAUGAAAACAUUUCUUUUGAAAACAGUCUCAUUGAACAGUGUCAUUAACGAAGAUGUUUUCCUAAGAUUAUUUAAGGCUACAUGUGAGGAAUGGGAGAUUAAAAGUUCAUCAACAUUGCUAAAUGAUGGGUCAAAAAUAAUACAGAAAGCCAUUACAUCGUUACGUCUGAUCAAUAUGCCGAGUUGUACUACAGGUCUCUUCACAGCUGGUGAAAAUUUAAUGAAAAACCAAAGCGUGACCAAAUCUGUCAUCGAGCAGGUUAUCUUGAUAAUAGGUCAAAUUUUACAAGAUAAAUCUCCCGCUGAAUUGUAUGGGGAAAUGUUUGAGAUAAUUAAGGAUUACAAGGAAAUUGAAGCUAAAACCUUCUCUUGGACAGCAUUCACCUCCGUGAUAUCAUGCAUCCUCGAAAACAAACAAUCGUUUAAGACAAAAACUAUGGACUCAAAACUAAACAUUACAGACGAGCGAUGGCAAGAGAUUUCUGACAUGGAAGCCGUUCUGUCGCCGAUACAGAAAGCAUAUAAGCUACUUAGUGACAAUUCGAGCGUUAUAUCUUCGAUGAUUUUACCAAUACUAAGAAAAUUAGAAAUGGCACUGGCUUCAAAGGAAUCAGAUUCUGAGUUCAUGAAAGUUUUGAAGAAAGCGACUUGGUCAUCUGUUUCAACACCUUUUAAUUCGACAGCUGUCAGAAAAUUUCUCCUUAUAAGUUCUCUAUUAGAUCCCCGCUAUAAAGACUUACAGUUUGUAGAAACAGCCGAGAAGUCACAGGCAAGGGAGCUGCUCGGCACGGUAGCAACCGAAAUGUAUCGCGAACGAAAUGGUAAAAACGGUGCAUAUGACGGCGAAAUCAUCGUCGUGGAAGAAUCUGGGGAUGUGAUUCGGAUCGAACCAAUGGAAAAGAAGCAAAAGCUAGACCAUCAGGAAAACCGGAAUGGGACAGAUGAUUGGUUAGCUGAUGUUGUCUGCAAAGACAAACCGUCGGAUAAAGGCAGCGACAAAGAAGAGAAAGUUUUGGUUGAAAUAGACCAUUACAUAUCCACACAGCAAGUCUCUACACCUCCCCUACAGUGGUGGUCAAGCAGAGAAAAUUUGUAUCCGACAUUAUCCCGCUUAGCCCGGCGUUAUCUGUGCAUGAACAAUUUCAGUGUUAGUGAAAACAAUACAGUGAAAAAUGCCAAAUUAUCUCCAGAAACUGUCGAUAAACUGUUGUUCCUCCAUCACAAUUAUUACGGUCGGUAAUCAUGUUUAAAGGAUGUUUCUUGCAGCAUUUGAAUUUGACUCUCUGAAUUGUCAGUACGCAAUGUUUGGGUUUGGUUUAUAAGUUUGAAUUGUUAUGACAAUUAUGCAACAUUUAUUAUUCACGUUAUUUAAAAAUCUAAGAAUUAA